CCUGGAGGCCUUCCGGCUCCCUGGCGAAGCACCGGUCAUUCAGCGCCUCCUAGAAACCUUCACCGACAACUGGCAUAAAGUGAACGGGUCUCCCUUCAUGACCAAUGAUGCUGGCUUUGCUCUGGCCUACGCCGUGAUCAUGCUCAACACUGACCAGCAUAACCACAACGUCCGCAAGCAGAACAUCCCUAUGACUGUGGAGCAAUUCAAAAAGAACCUGAAGGGCGUCAACGGCAACAAAGACUUCGACCAGGACAUGCUGGAGGACAUCUACAAUGCCAUCAAGACUGAGGAGAUUGUGAUGCCGGACGAGCAGUCGGGCCUGGUGAAGGAGAACUAUGUGUGGAGCGUCCUGCUGCACCGCGGCGCCACGUCCGAGGGCCUCUUCCUGGCCACGCCGCCCGCCAGCUACGACCACGACCUCUUCAGCAUGACCUGGGGGCCCACCAUCGCCGCCCUCUCCUACGUCUUCGACAAGAGCCUGGACGACACCAUCAUACAGAAGGCCAUCGCUGGCUUUAGGAAAUGUGCGAUGAUCUCGGCUCACUUUGGCUUCAGUGAUGUCUUUGACAACCUCAUAAUUUCCCUCUGCAAGUUCACCACCCUCAGCAGCGAGUCGGUGGAGAACCUGCCCACGGUGUUCGGCAGUAAUCUGAAGGCUCAGGUUGCAGCCAAGACGGUGUUCAGCCUGGCCCAUCGCCAUGGCGACAUCCUGCGCGAGGGCUGGAAGAACAUCAUGGACUCCAUGCUGCAGCUGUUCAGAGCCGAGCUGCUGCCCAAGCCCAUGGUCGAGGUGGAGGACUUUGUGGAGCCGAAUGGAAAGAUCUCUCUGCAGAGGGAGGAGACGCCAUCUCAGAGAGGGGAGUCUGCGGUGUUGAGCUUUGUGAACUGGUUAACUCUGAGUGGAGCAGAGCAGUCUGGUCUCCGAGGGCCCUCCACUGAGAACCAGGAGGCCAAGCAGGCCGCACUACUCUGCAUUAAGCAAUGUGACCCAGAGAAGUUGAUCACAGAGAGCAAGUUCCUCCAGUUGGAGUCUCUACAGGAGCUUAUGAAGGCUCUGAUCUCUGUUACGCCUGAUGAGGAGACGUAUGAUGAGGAGGAUGCUGCGUUCUGCCUGGAGAUGCUGCUACGGAUCGUCCUGGAGAACCGGGACCGAGUGUCGUGUGUGUGGCAGACGGUGAGGGAUCACCUGUGCCAUCUGUGUGUCCAUGCCAACGAGAGCUGCUUCCUGGUAGAGAGGGCUGUGGUGGGCCUCCUUAGACUGGCCAUCCGCCUACUCAGGAGAGAGGACAUCAGCUCACAGGUCCUGCUGUCUCUGCGUCUGCUGCUGAUGAUGAAGCCUCCCGUGCUGUCCCGUGUGAGUCGAGAGGUGGCCUACGGUCUGCACGAGCUUCUCAAGACCAACGCCGCCAACAUCCACAGCACCCGGCAUUUGUACACACUCUUCUCCCUUUCGAGGUGCAUCGGGGCGAGGUCAAGCCGCCCGCCCGUAUUGACCUCUGGAAACACCGACAACGAUACAGGAGCCCAGUCGGACAGCGAGGUCAGCUCCCACCACCCCAGUGAGGUCUCGGUGGACCGGGGCUACACAUCCGACUCCGAGAUCUACAACGAGCAGCACGGGAAGAGCCGCCUGCCCCGCGCCACCACAGACGUGGACGUGGCCAACAGCGGCUGGCUCGUGGUGGGUAAGGACGAUCUGGACAGCAGUAAGGUUGGUGUGGGCGGCUCCAAGCCCCUGCUGUCCCCCCUGGUGAACCAGUACAGCCUGACCCUGGGCCAGGACAUGGGGCUGCACGACACCAAGUCCCUCAUCAAGUGUGUGGAGUCGCUGUCCUUCAUCGUGCGCGACGCCGCCCACGUCACCCCCGACAACUUUGAGCUCUGCGUCAAGACCAUCCGCGUUUUUGUGGAGGCCAGUCUCAACGGAGGUAAAGAGUCUCUAAUGUGCCCACUGCAGCUGCUGGACCUGAUGCACACACUGCACACGCGCGCUGCCAGCAUCUACAGCUCCUGGGCCGAGGAACAGCGCCACCUGGAGGCAGCCGGCAGGAAGAUCGAGGCAGACUCCCACACACUCUGGAGCAGCUGCUGGUGUCCUCUGUUGCAAGGUAUGGCGUGGCUGUGUGUUGAUGCGAGGCGGCAGGUGCGCAUGCAGGCCCUGACCUACCUGCAGAGGGCGCUGUUGGUGCACGAUCUGCAGACACUAGAUGCUGCUGAGUGGGAGUCCUGCUUUAACAAGGUGCUGUUUCCCCUUUUGACCAAGCUGCUGGAUAACAUCAGUCCUGCUGACGUAGGGGGCAUGGAGGAGACACGCAUGAGGGCAUGCACGCUACUCUCAAAGGUCUUCCUGCAGCAUCUGUCUCCUCUGCUCUCCCUGCCAACCUUUGCUGCUUUGUGGCUCACCAUCCUGGACUUCAUGGACAAGUACAUGCACGCCGGCUCCAGUGACCUGCUGCUGGAGGCGAUCCCUGAAUCUCUGAAGAACAUGCUGCUGGUAAUGGACACAGCAGGCAUCUUCCUGAGCUCCGAUUCUCGCACCGGCUACUCGGCACUCUGGGAAAUCACCUGGGAGCGCAUCGACUGCUUCUUGCCACACCUCAGAGAGGAGCUUUUCAAGCAGGCUGUCAUGCCCGAGCCUGUGCCCAGCGUGCCUGUAGAGCCUCCUCAGCCUCCAGCCCCUUCCCCUCCCCCCACUGAGCCCAAAGCCCCAAGCCGGCCAGCCUCCCCCCAGGACAACACAGCCCCACCUAGUGCCAAUGGUACGGACAGAUCGUCCCCAGUGCCCCCCUCCACCCCGCCCAUGCCCACCCCAGUGAAGAUGUCCCCUCCAGAGUCGCCCCCGUCUCUCAGCCAAUCACCGCUCAUCCUGCAGCCUCUGGCCUCGCCCCUACAGGUCGGCGUGCCGCCCAUGUCCCUGCCAAUCAUCUUAAAUCCCGCCCUCAUCGAGGCCACCUCCCCUGUUCCCCUUCUUUCCACUCAGCGAGCCUCUGACCCCGUCGACCCCACGGAGGUCAAGUAAUACCCCCCGCACCCCCAACUCCUCCACCCCCUUUUAACCCAUACCAUUAGUGCUGGACAGGAAAUGACAUAAUCACUCAGAAGGAAAUGACUUCACCAAGGGCCUGUGACAAAGAAUGAAGCAUAACUGGCAGCAUGGUCACCAUGUACAAAGCAUACACACACACACACACACACACACACACACACAA